UUACCGAUACACUUCUUCAGUUUUCAUGUGACCUAGUUCGCGGAUCCAUCUCUCCCUUCCCUCGGCUGACACUGACAGGCAAAAUGUUUCUCUUUUUCUUGACUUUGUUUUCACCAACCACUUGGACUUUGCUGGCAGUGUUUUUUACCCUACUAAUGCUGUAUGGCAUUUGGCCAUUUAAGUUCUUCAAAAAAAUGGGAGUACCCGGACCAAGACCAAUGCCUUUUAUUGGAACAAUGCAUAACUUGAGAAAGGGUCUUGUUGCUUUUGAUCGUGAGUGCCAAACCAAAUACGGGGACGUGUGGGGAUUGUAUGAUGGACGUAUACCGACGUUAUUAGUGUCAGACCCUGAGAUCAUAAAAACUGUGAUGGUCAAGGAGUGCUACUCAACUUUUACCAACCGCAGGGACAAUGCAGUGGCAGGACCUUUAUAUGAUGCAGUAACAAAUGUCAAAGACGAAAGGUGGAAAAGAAUUCGGAGCUCUUUAUCACCAUGCUUCACCAGUGGAAGACUGAAACAGGUUUUUCCCAUCGUUGCUCGUUAUGCAGACCGACUUGUUGAAAAACUUGGAAAAUACAAUUUGGAAGUGGACAUUAAACAAUUCAUGGCACCUUACAGUUUGGACGUUAUUACCAGUGUGUCUUUCGGUGUUGAGGCAGACUCCAUAAACAAUCCAGAUGACCCACUUGUUGUUCAUCUCAAAAAGAUUCUGAACUUUACAUUUUGGCCAUUAUUUGUAUUACUGGUAUUUCCCUUUGGUGCCCGUCUGUUGAAACUCCUAGAUAUUGACAUUAUGUCCAGACCCAGUGUUGAUUAUUUCUACAACAUCAUCAAGAAAUUGAAACACCAGCAUCAGUCUGAAAAAUCACUCCAAGCAGACUUCCUGCAGGUGAUGAUUCAAAAUGAGAUUCCAGAUUCAGAGACAAAAAAUGAACAAGAGCAGCCAAGUAAAGGUUUGACCGAACACGAGAUACUUUCCCAAGCUUUCAUCUUCAUCUUUGGUGGCUAUGAAACCACCAGUGCCACUCUCAGUUACAUCCUUUACAACCUGGCCAUCAACCCUGAUGCCAUGCAGACCUUGCAGGAAGAAAUUGAUACCAACUUACCAAAAGAUGCUCCCAUAUCUUACGAGGAUCUGACCAAUCUAGAGUACCUGGACCAUGUUAUUAAUGAGUCAAUGCGAUUGAUUCCUACUGCACCACGGCUUGAGAGGAUGUGUAAAAAAGCUGUCCAGGUCCACGGCCUCAACAUCCCUGAAGGAACCAUUAUUGGGAUUCCUGUGAACAUUGUACACAUGGACCCACGAUUUUGGACUUCACCUGAGAAGUUCAGACCAGAGAGGUUCAGUAAAGACAGCAGUGAGGAAGUGAACCCAUAUGCAUUCAUGCCGUUUGGGCUCGGUCCUCGUAAUUGCGUCGGGAUGCGUUACGCCAUCCUCACUCUGAAGUUGGUUAUUGUCCGUCUCCUGCAGAGUUACUCUUUGGAAACAUGCAAAGACACCAUGAUUCCUUUGGAGUUUGACUGGAAGUUUCAGCCAUCAAAGCCAAUAAAGCUCAGUUUUGUCCCCAGACAACAGUAGUUCAAGACAGAGCAUCUCCAAACAUACCAAUACUUCUGAGUUCCUGUUAAACUCAAAACACAGUAUGGAUAGUUUUUCUUUGUUUACAAUCAAAUUAAGAUUAAGAUUUACUUUUAUUGAUCCCUGCAAGGGGAAAUUUCAGUUUUUACACUCUGUAAGUCAUGUAACACACACAUAGGCUGAAAUAUACACACACAUGCACAAACAGGAUCCUAUGGACAUGCACUAAUAGAGAGAUGUCAGAGUGACGGAGCUGCCCACAGCGGGGCGCUCCUGGGCUGAUGGUGGGGAGGGGGUUUGGUGCCCUCCCUCCUGUUCCCAACCCAAGUCCCUACAGACUGAGCUACUGCCGCCCCCAAAAUAUUACAAUGUUACAAAGUUACAAUUCACUUAGCAGACGCUUUUAUCCAAAGCGACGUACAUCAAAGAGUAAGUACAACACUAAUCCAUUCAUACACCGCCACCGAAGCAGCGGGAGCAAUCAUUAAAUGUCUUGCCCAAGGACAUAUUGGACAUGUUGCUCAAUGAUCGAACCCUCAACCUUCCGGUUGAGAGAUGACGACUCUACUAACUGAGCCACAGCUGCCAAAUGUUACUUUCUUAUUCUAAUGUUGUUUCUUUUGAUAAUACAGUAGGUCUGUAUGAUUUUCCUUAAAGCAGUUAGUGAUAAACCUUGAGUGUCUUUUAUGAUAAAUGAAAGUUGAUGGAUCCAUGACAACGCACAAUACCUGUGUAAGAAAAUAGCAUACCGGACUCCUUCAAGAUUCAGUCAUAAUAAAUCUGACAUUUGCAAGAAAAUGUACAAUAAACGGAUACAAACACUG